AUCAAAUCCAAAUCCAGACUUCAGGUGGGUGAUUUGGAAAGAGAGGACAUUUCAAUCUGCAAUUUGUCGUUUUAUAUAAAUACAAGGAGCCAACUUAAUCAUCUUAAAUCUUUGUUCAAGUUUAGUCAGUAUCACAUACACAAAUUCAACUUAUUUCAUUUAGAAAAUGUCUUAUUAUGUUAGCUAGCUGCUCUCUAACAUCUAUAAAUAGGGGGGAAAUGUCAUCCGUUAAUGAUGGGAGCCUGUAAGCUAACCAAGAAGAUUUAAGGAAGAGGAGAUGGCCAAAGGAAGAACCAAGAUCAACAACGAUGACAGCUCAGCUCCAGCUCAGCCUCGCUCACUCAGGUCAAGGAAGCGGGAACGUCUUAGUGAAGAGACUUCAGAACCUGAGAGUGUCCAGCUGACCGUCUGUCAUCAGGACUCUGGAGGAACUAAUACAGCAGUGGAUGCCACACUGCCACCAUGCCCUGAGCAAGAACCUGCUGUGGUUUCACCUCAACAACAUCAGUUAGCAGAGGAGUCCUGUCCCACCGAGCAAGUUCCUGUCACAGAGGAAAAACCUGCAGAUACAACAAACGUGAGGGCGAAAGAUUUUGAGGAGCAGGACGAGGAAAAAGUCACAGAUGGAAAUGGAAACGUUCACCAGGUAGACCUUACAGUCCAUACUGAUAAUGAUGCUGACCAGAGUGGAGAGGACAAAGAGAAGAACAGGACUCUAUCUCAAACAUGCCCUGAUGUUGCUUUGCCAAUCUUAGAAGAGAGCAAGGGCUCUGAUGAAACCCCUUUGGAUGAGCAGCUUGGUGCAAAUGAGGACCCUCCCUCUAAUCUGGAGAGAAGCCAAGAAACCAGAGUGGAAGAAACCAGCAGUCCGUGCACAGCUGAUGUGAAGGCAGCCACCAAGGAGGCAGCAGCAGAGCUACCGGCCAAAAAGAAGCGAAGGAUGGGAAUGUGUGGUCUGACAGAAAAAGAGCGGAGUCACUUUCUUCAGACACAGAAGCGUGACAGUGGGCAGAAGGAUCCAGAGAGAGUUGAGAUGCUGAUGGAUAUCGCAGCUGACCUUGUGGCUCAAGAAGACACAACAGCUUCUCCAAAACCACCAUCGCUCUCCAUCUCAACGGGCUGUGUCUCAGAGCUGAACGAGGCGGAAAUACAGCUUCGGUCUGGAAACUGUGCAGGAGAUGACAGAAUUGGCCCCUUCGUCUUAUUGAACAGGGCAGAGGCUGAGCUCCACAUCCCUGUCACUACCUCUGAUGGGACCAGUACUGUGUGUGAUCCAGGCUGCUCUGUGGAGAAGAGUUUUGAGGUAGAUGAGGGCACAGUGCCUAAUCCAGAACAGACAGCUGACUCAAGGUUAGAUCUCCGUGCUGAGGAGGGGGAUAAUGAUGAAGAGAAAGAUCCAGCAGAAGAAAACCAAAGUCCUGCCAUGACUUCUGAUUCACCAAAGCCUGAGCAGACAGAGGAGCGAGGUAAAUCUGAGGCUGCCAGUCUGCAGGUGAAUGGUGUCCCCAUGUUGAGAGAUGAGAAGAAGGAGGAGAUCACCUGUGAUGAAGUGGUUCAGGAAGUUAAUAAAGCAGGCGUGUCAUCCUCUGAGAACCAGGCAGGGGAAUUCAACUCUAGCUCUGUGGUGCUCUGUGAGGCUACAGUGACACUGUGUGGCUCAGAGGGGAACUACAGCUGUGUUCCCGAUUAUGUCGCUGAUGCUGUGAACAGUGAGAACCUUCAGACCGCGUACGCCUCUGACUCGUUUGGACCUGGUUGCCUGGAUUACGUGUCCGACUCGCUGCUGAACACCAUUUCUCUGUGUGAAGAAAAGGGGAUGGAGAGAGAUGGACUUCUGUCUUCCUCAGACUGCCAUGAGGAUGCUUCAGACCUGGUCUCUGGGCUGGUCAGAGAGCUCUCCUCUCUCAAUCGAAAGGUGAUGGCCACUCACAGGGAGCUGGAGAAUCUGCGCCGAAGCACAAAAAGUUCAAGGAGCUCCACGCGUUGAGGAUUUGUUCCAGGAUCCUGCUACCCUGAUUCUCCUCUUACCCCAGUGGUUGGUGGAAAGUUAAUUGUGCCACUGUACAAACAUUUAUGUUUGUCUUUAACCUUGUUUCAGAUUUAUUUUAUCACUGACAACUGGAAUGUUCUGUUUAAGGCAAAGUUGUUGUGUUUCCUCUGAAAUAAAGAUGUUUCUUGUAUUCUCAGUUAGAAA